AUGUAAUUCGCAUGGAAGAACGAAUGUGAAGAGGCUGAAUAAAAAAGAAAUCCUCGGAAAGUAUAUAGAAAAAAUCCGUAGAUAUGCUGCAUAUAUGUAAUAUAAGUUAGUGUCAGGUGAGGUGAGAGAAGAAGGUGAACGGACUAGAGUAUUAGAGAGAUAGAGAAAGAAAGAGAGAGAGAGAGAAAGAAAGAAAGAGAGAGAGAGAGAGGGCAGUCCAAUUCGCAAAUCGCAAGUUGGUCCAAGUCCCAAGUCAGUCCACCAAACAAAACAUGGACGCCGUAGAAAUAAAUACGUCGGGUCCGCCGCAGAGUGAGGACGCGAUCGCGUCCGCGGUGAAAAUAUGCCGCGUGUGCCUGCUCGACAACCUGAUGAUGCGAGACCUCUUCCUCGAGAGCGAGGUCGCGUCCCUCUCAAUGAAAGCGAUGAGCUUCACCAACGUUAAGAUGUUACCAGACGACGGUCUACCGGCACAGGUGUGUUGUGUUUGUGCCGACAAAUUAGAGUCGGCGUAUGAAUUUAAGUUACAAGUGGAGCAGGCUGACAGUGUCCUCAGAAAUAGGUUUAUCGGAGGGAUAAUAAAGGAGGAAUUGUUUCUUAAUGAGGUCGAGAUACACUUAGAUGACGAAAGGAAUGACGAUAUGGAGGACAUGAAUGUCAGUACCGAUUAUGAACCUACUGUCACAGUUCUACCAGAAGAGACAGACGUUGAUAAAAACUUUUUGAAAGAGCAAUUAAUGAUUUUAGAAAAUGAAAAAUUGACGAAUGUAGAAGGAAUGCAACAAAAUGCAGAACAGGAUAAUUCACAGGAGAUUACACAACAAAUUAGUCAAAACGUCGCAGAAGAGUCGCAGCAAGAAUUAGUUGAUACAGAAGAUAACGAUAUACCAAGUACUAUCGAAGAAUCUAGGAAUCAAAAGUCUUGUAUGAACGAAAAUAUCACUUCGAGUUAUAUAGAGGCAAUUCCAACAGAGGAACAUGAUUACAUUAUGCAGCAACAAUGUGUGUUGCCCACUGAACAAUUUCCUUUGCAGGAAAGGAUACAUGCGGAUACACAAGUUGAACAAAGUAUAGUGGAGUGCCAACAAACAUUAUCUGAAUUAGAUCAAGAGAAUCGAGUUGAACAAAUUCAAGAAAAUCAAGCUGAACAAAUUCAAGGGAAUCAAGCUGAACAAAUUCAAGAGAAUCGAGUUGAACAGAUUCAAGAGAAUCGAGCUGAACAGAUUCAAGAGAAUCAAGCGGAGCAAAUUCGAGAGGCUCAAGAGGAACAAAUUCAAGAGAAUCAAUCUGAGCAAAAUCAAAGUGAUAAAAAGAAAUCUUUUAACGAAGAAAUGUCUACGACUGAUAACGAGCCAGCGGUGGGACAAGAUUCAUCUCAAAACGAAACUAGAAGAAGUAAACGUAGAUUAGCUCGUCGGACGUUCGCCGAACGGGAUUCCGACGAAGAGAACUAUUUCGAAAAUUUAAAUCUCAGUUCUCGAUUGAAAAAAGCACAGGCGGAUAAGGCGGAGAAGAUUUUCUUUAUGUGUUAUUUGUGUGACAAACAGUUCCUGUCAAAGAGCGUUCUGAAGGAGCACAUGCAUUCUCAUGAAGAAGUGAGGAAAGCGCUCUCUCUAAAGAAAACGCCGGAGAAGCCGCAGAAGAUACAGACCAACAUCUCCACCACGAAGACUCCGCCAUCUGGAAAAAAAGCCAACAAGUGCCCUUAUUGCGGUAAAGAGUAUUUGUACAUAAUCUCGUUUACUAAGCACAUUAAACAGCACGAGCGGGAGCGAGAGGAGGCGAAAGAAGAUCCUAUGCCGCUCGAAAUUUCGUUCCACGAAGAUGAGCAUAGUCUAGACUUUGAUGGUAACAAUUCGGACAGAGAAUAUAGAAAACGAACGAGGAGAGGAAGUAUAGCUGACGGAAACGAUGACGCCACGACGAGCGACAACGACCAGGAUAAAAAAAGAAAACGGAAUCGUGUCGAAGAAUUCGCAUGCGACAAAUGUCCAGAGAAAUUCGAUACGAAACGAAGCUUGCAAAAGCACUCGCUCACGCACGUUAGCUUUAAGUGCAACGUGUGUCACGAUGAGUACGACACUCUGGUACAACUAAGGAAUCACCGAACGAAACAUGUAGUCGAAGGCGUACUUACAGAGCAGGAUUUAGAAGAAGACAUGAAGCAGAUGAUGGCCAAGAGCGUCGAGAACUAUGAUGACGAAGACAACAAAAACGACGAGGAGGAGGAGGAAUAUAAUGAUGGCGAAUCCGCCGAACAUGCGAAGGAACUCAAGUGUCAAAAGUGUCCAAUGACGUUCUCGCGCAAAAAGUUGCUGUCCAGACACAUGGAGACGGCGCAUUCUGGAGUUAGCAGCUACGAUUGCAAGAUAUGUCGUCAACAGUUCACGCGGAAGGAUCUUCUGCGCAGACAUGCCGAGCAGCACGCGCGAAUAAAGACCUACAAGUGUACUCAAUGCAACAAAACUUUCGGUAACGAGCUCACUCUGAGAAAUCAUCUGGUCGCCACGAAUCACAAGACGUUUAUACAUGGACAAGAAUACGAUCCGAACAAGCGUAUAAAGCGCGUGGCUGCGAAAGCAGCGCAAAAGAUCAUUGAUAAGAUCAAAACGGAGGACGGUUUGGAGGAUUACGACGACGAUAACGACAAUGUCGAUUACGACGCCAAAUUGGACGGGCAUUAUUAUCGCCGUAAGCGCGACGCUACACCAAAGAAUUAUAAGAAGGAAUUAGAAUGCGCGACGUGUAAUAAGAGGUACAGUUCGAAGCAAGCGUUGACGAAGCACAUGGAACAGCAUGUGAAAGACGAAAAAGCGGCGGAGAAGUUGAAAAAGGCCGCUUCAGAUAAGAAGGAGACGCAAAAAACGAAUAAUACGACAGGGGAUAACGACGAUGACGACGACGACUCGGAUUUCGAGAGCGGUCUCGAUUGGCCGAUGGACAGUCACGAAUGCGGCACGUGCAAGAAACGCUACAGCACGAAGAAGUCGCUGCUGCGACACCAGCUGCUGCACGAGGAACCGAACUUUGAGUGCGACAUUUGCAACGUCAAGUUCUAUCGUAAGGACAAGCUAAAGGCGCACUAUGACAAGUGCUCUGAGAAAAAUCCCGAUCAGGUGAGGAAGUGCAAUAUAUGUGGCGACAGUUUCGAGAACAAUGAGAUCCUGCGGGAACACCGGGCCAAGCACGUCACUGAAGGUAUCUUAACGGAAGAAGAUUUGAGAGAUAUCGAGCCGAAACCCGAGGAGAAGAAACCGGGCGAGAAGAUCGGCCGGAAGAGGAGAACCGAUAUCGUAGGCCUCGAGUGUACCGAGUGCAACAAACAAUACACCUCCAGGAAAGGUCUUUUGCGGCACAUUCAGGUACACGAGGGCAAGAAAUACUUGUGCGACAUAUGCCCGAAGAAGUUCUAUCGACGGGAACAUCUUAAGAUCCACGUGGCCAAGCACAAUAUGAUAAAACCGUACAAAUGCACCCGCUGCACCAAGCGCUUCAUCAAGGAGGAGCAGCUCAAUAAUCAUCUGUCCAAGCACGAUCGUACUUUCAAGAAGAAUAAGGAAACCGAUAGUUCGAAGAGAUUUCUCUGUGAGAUCUGCAGCAAGAGUUUCACACAAUCGACGACGCUGAUAGCUCAUCUGCGCGCGCACAACGGUAUCAAACCGUACGUAUGCCAGGUCUGCUCCAGGCCGUUCACCACCAACGCCUACCUGAAGAUGCAUAUGCGCACGCAUACGCAAGAACGGCCAUAUAUCUGUCAAUAUUGCUCGCGAGCGUUCGCGCGAGCCGACACCUUGGCGAAUCAUCUAACGUCUCACACCGGCGAGGCCAAGUAUCACUGCAAAUGCUGUCCGAAAAACUUCCGGCGAUUGAAGUCACUGAAGGAGCACAUGUUUAUUCACACGGGUCAGCGACCUUACGAGUGUCCGACUUGCGACCGCAAGUUCAACAACAACGGCAGCCGCUACGCGCACAGUAAGCGUUGUAAACAGAAUCUCUUGCAGAAUCAGAACCGCGCGCAGCAGAUGAUGCAGCAGCAGGUGCAGCCACAGCCGCAGCAACAGCAACAACAAUCUCAAGUGCAGAUACAAGUACAGCAGCAGUCACAGGUCAGGAUGCAUCAGACCACGCUCGGCCAGGCGCAGAUCGUCAAAGCACAGAACAUCAAGACGAUCGCUAUAGCGAGGCAGGCGGAACCGACCACGGUGGCUACGACGCAGCAAGUGAUGCAACAGGAGAUACUCAUGCCGCUCAUUUUGCCGCUUACUGUCACCCUCGCCGACGUAGGCGAGGAGGUGAUAUUACCUGAGGGUACAAAAAUAUUCACCACUUCUUAAUCGAGCCAUUAUCUCCUACCCUCGAUUAAGAUAUAAAAAGAGAGACAUACUUCUUGCGUAGGAAGAUACAUUUUCAAAUGAAUGAGCUGAACGAGUUCUGUUCUUCUAUGGCUCUCUCCGUGAUUCUCCCGUUUUCAUUCCCGCAAUUUUUUCGACGCUCACGGGAAAACCGGAAGCGAUGCUAUACGACGUGAUAUCGGAUCGAUAUUGCAUGGAUAUCGCGCAUUAUCGCGAGAAUUUGCUUGCAUUGAAUAACGAGCGUGAUACUCUGGCGCUAGGUGUACUGUUAAUACUGAUAAUUAUGUGAAUUUCCAAGAGAGAAAGAGAGAGAGAGAGAAUCAUUUUUCUCGAUUAUGUAUGAAACAUUAUAUCGAAGUUUAUUUUUACAACGGGUGUAGGCGUUAAUAAAGCAUAUAAAUAUA